UUGAACAACGGCUGUGUUUUCAUUGUACCGGUCACCACGGCAAGAGACGGGUGUUUGUUGUGUUGUUAUUCGGUUCGGUUCGGGUACGGUGUUGUUGUCCUUUCGGGAGGUCCUUGUAGGCGUUUCGGGCGCCAGUGUCUAGCACCGAAAGUGGAAUCUAAUUAGCUUCGAGUUGUUCCGGUCGAAGUGAUUGGUUUAAUUUGCUUUUAAAAUCCUGGAUAUUCUUGGUGAAAACGAAGCAGCACAGGUUACUUCAUUGAGUGACGUCGCGCGGCAAUCGUGAAGUGUAGCGUGGCAACAAUACAACGAGGUGCCGCGACAAUCGUUUGGACAUUGGGAGUGAGAGAGCCACGAGGUGAUUCAUUCCGUUGCGCGGUGCACUCACCAACGACGAUUAGCCGAGGAACGGUGCGCGCCGUUGAAGCUGAUUGCGUCUGUGUGUGCGAAAAGCGAGCUUGCACAGAAAGAAGGGUCGCUCGCGUGAGUCGAGCGCUUAGCUUGGUUGGUUCGGUUCGGCUAGUUGGCUUAAGUACGCGGUCCGCGCUAGUACACACGUCCCGAGCGCGCGAAGGCGAAGGAAUUGGCGACCUACUAACUAAACCAGAAGAACCAAUUGGCAAGAAGAAACCGCGAAGACGACGACGCGGUUCUGUUUCGUGAAAAACAGCACAUUUUCUCUCGAUUCAACAAGUGACUAGUGUCUGGGAUCCCCGUGCUCCCACCUCCCCCGUAUUGGUGUAAUCUAUUUACUCUGAAAACAAGAUAUUAGAAGAAUCAACAACGUGUGCUGUCCCAUCCGUUAACCAUUCGAAAAAAGUCGUGAAAAUCCCAUCCCUCAACUCACCAUCAAAAAGAAAAUAUUUACUCAAUUUAAGCCCACCCGAGAAAAAGAAGCCUCGUGAAAGUGCGUGAUUGUGAAAAGUUCGUGCCACAACAGUGUGAAGUGCAGUGUGUAUCGACGAGCGCGGUUUCAACCGUCAAAUCUUCUUUGGUUCUCUUCUGAACCUUGCUCGCUGCCGAAGACGACGACGACGCAACAUCCCAGCCGCAGCAGCAGAGAGGCGAACGGCCCGCCGAAGAUUUGCCCUCUUCUUCAAAACUCCCCGACCCGAAAGUGUAUAGUGUUGUAUAGUGUAAGAAAGGCGAAAAGCAGCGGCCAGGCCAAGGCAGUGGAGCAAGAAACAGAAAAAAAAGUUCCAACAAAAUGGUAGACAAGCAGCAAUUUUUCCUGCCAUGCUUCGUGGUGUGCGCUAUUUUCUCAGCCGUUAUCACAGCCCAAGUGCAGGUCGACACUGAUCCGAAGGAAAUAGUUGUCACCGAAAACCAGCGAAAUGUCAGUCUUCUGUGUCGCGUUGGACGGCCAAUUCAAUUUUGCACAUUCACCUUACCGGAGAAGAAUAAUCAGGUGGUGCUAAAUCCAGACCAGCCGGGGAGAGAUGGAAUGACUUACUUCGGGGCCGGUUAUCAGGCGGGAGCUUGCGGUGUAACGAUCGAUCGGAUAACGACGGCUCACAACGGGCAGUUCAAGUGUUCGCUGUUUGACACCGAUCGGAGCAACGAGGGAUUCAUCAACGUUGUGGUUGCAGUGGCUCCUGAACAACCCCAAAUUCAGCUAGAACAACCAACUUCUGCUUCGGCUUUCGAGGUCAACUCCGAAAUGGUAGUGCACUGUAUUUCCCGAUACGGAAGCCCAGCUGCCAGUCUGUACUGGUUCUUAGACGACGAACCCAUCUACAACGGAAUCUCCCAGCCAGAAUACCACGAGGAGAACAAUCAAGGCUAUUCGGUCUACGUAACGCUGCGGCGACACAUUCUGGCCAGUGACAGCGGCAAGCGAUUGAUCUGCCGUGCCAAGCACGUUGCCUACCGGGACGAGAUGGCGGAAACUAGCCUUCAGAUCAUCGUCAACUACGCACCCCAAGCCCUUCCGGAGACCACUGUACAUGGAUUGACGCUGGGACGCACCGUUGAUGUGACCGUGCAAAUUCAUGCCAAUCCGGCGCCACGUGUGAUGUGGGUCGUGGACGGAAUGACCAUCGAGCAGGGUCAGGAACACGAUCGGUAUGCGGCUCGAGUUCCGGAGCGAUUGGACAACGGUGCAUUCAACGUGACGCUCACGAUCGCCGGCCUCACGCUGGAAGAUCUGUCCAAAAGAUACCAGCUGCAGGCAUCGAACCAGGUGGGCGUUCAGGACUACGUCAUUUUGCUCAGUUCACUCGAUGCCGAAGUGGACGAAUCCGGCGGCGUCGGAGUCGGCGGAAUCAUCGGAAUCGUUCUGGCAGCACUGAUCGUCCUGGUUGCCAUCGCGCUGAUCAUCAUGGCCCGAGCCACCGGCAGAUGGUGCUUCCGAGUGCCCCCGGCCACCGGCGAUCUGAACCCGGACUCGGAGGCGCACAUCACGCCCCACUCGCACGAGGAUCUGCACGACGAGAAGCUGCAGCAGCAGAACCCGGCCGCCCACUACGAAAGCGAAGACCCCCGGACCCAGGUUGGUGGGGACGCUGGGGGCGAUGGCGGUCAGCAGAAGAACGGAAAGCACGAAAAUGGCAAGCAGCAACAACAAUCGGCCGGCGGAAAGAAGCAGGAAAAUGGAAAGGCCAACGAUAGCAAAACUAACACUCCGGUGUAGGAUGGAUUGGGGGAGAGGUGAAGACGCAUGAUUUUUGCUUUGUUGGGAAAAUCAGGAGUGAAAACAGACGAGAAAGGAAACGAAUAACUCACAAUGAUUUAUACUGAACGGAACCGACGCGAAAAAAUUGAAACUGACUUCUUUUUAAAGAUGAACAACUGCCCUAGAAGGAACAGACAAAUUAUUUUAAUGUGAAAACGAAAACUGAAAAGUAAAUAUUUUAAGAACACUGGACAACAAACGAAAAUUUUGGGACGAUUUUGAGAGUGGGACAAUAGAAAUACUAAUAUGGACGGGACCACUAACGAAAAAUUGUUUUACUUCUACAGAUAUGGUGAAAUGAAACAAAACUGGAAACCUUUGAAAUCAAGACAAAUUUAUCCAUAUUUGUUAAAUUGUUAACUAACACAAACACUGAAAAACAAAAUGACGGGGACAAUGACGAUGACCUUCAAGCUCAUGAUAAAAAUGUACUUAAUCGCGUUAGACGAAUGACGAAAGAGGAAGCAUUUGUUUUAGAUUUUAGUUUGGGACUCCUUUUCCCUUAUUCGACCUACACCGAAGGAAAAGCGUGAGGGAGACCCCGACGACGAUGAUUGUUAUUAAAUUAUCUAGUUAAACGAAAUCCUGUAGAUCUGCACAGCUAAGACGGCGCAAAAGUCGGUCGAACGUAUUUAAAUUCCUUUUCACACAUAAGAAAAAUAUGUCCUUCAAAAUCGAAACAGAAAACUCUUCGUUCUCGAUAUUUAAGUAAUCGCAAAAAAAAAUCAUUACUUAUAACCGAAAAGUCCCCUCCACUAGGAUUAGGCUAACAUGAAGCGAAAAAAAUACAAAAGUAUCAAAUCAACUGCACAAAGUGUCCAUAUUCAGGAGAGAGGAUGAGGAGCUCUUCGGGAGCCGCGGAGUAGCCGUAUUCACGUAUUUAGCGCGUAGUACUACCAAACAUAUGUCCUUUUGUUUCGUAGAUUUUAUAGAUAGUAGUCAGACUUUGGUUAAGAAAAUUUAUAAAACUAUUUAUAAGCAGCGCGAGGAAGCAAAUCGCUAGAUCAUAGUUAGAAUCGGAAGCGAUUAUUUUAAAAAUUAAAUCACUUUUUUGUCUGAUUUUUAGCAAACGUUUGAAUCCAAGUUAUUCGAUUAUACGAAAAACGGUGAAAUCAACGCGUCCAAUCGUUUUAGAAUCUCAACAUGAAUGUUUUUAUUCUCCGGGAAAAAUGUAACAUUUAGAACAUUUAGAACAUUUAGAAUCUCAUCAGAUUUUCUUUUAUACAAACAGUAUUCGAUGAAUUUUCACUUAUCAAAAGGGUCCACUAUAAGACAUACUUUUCGUUCCAUUCCAUUUGUAGCGUGUGUAAACCGAUUAGAUGUGUAUAUACAAAGACGAAGCGAUCGUAAAUAAAGAUAGUGAAUAAAGAAGAAUUUCGAAUAAAA